CACAAAACCGUAGAUAUCUAUAUACAUAUAUACACAUAUAUAUUUGAUCGAACACACAACAACUCGUUAUACUCAUGCUUUUCAGAGCUAUGCAGAACUACUUCAAGAUGGUAUUCGAGGUAUUUAAUUGGAAAGGCCUACUCGCCAAGAAAGACUUCGGUUACAAGGUCCAUGGACACCCUUUAUCCACCAACACAAGACGUGUUCUUGCUGCUCUCUACGAGAAAGGCCUCGGCUACGAAGCCAUCGAGGUCGACUUGAAAUCCGGCCAGCACAAGAAGGACCCUUUCCUCCGCCAUCUCAACCCCUUUGGUCAGAUCCCGGUUUUCGAAGAUGGGUCAUUGAAGUUGAUCGAAUCCAGAGCCAUCACGCAGUACAUAGCUUACGUCCACAGCUCGAGAGGAAACCCGCUACUAAACCUCGAAAGCCACAAGACAAUGGCGAUACAGACAAUGUGGAUGGAGAUCGAAGCUCAACAGUUCAGCCCUCCUGCCUCCGCCCUGACAUGGGAACAAGUCAUAAAGCCCAUUUACAAUCUCCCGACCGACCAAUCAGCCGUGGAGGAGAACGAGGCCAAGCUGUCGAAGGUUCUGGACGUGUACGAGAAGAGACUGGCCGAGACUGGUUACGACCAUCUGGCGAGUGAGAGCUUCACACUGGCAGAUCUUCACCAUCUCCCGAACAUAGAGCUGCUGUACGCGACCAAGACGAGGAGACUGUUCGAGGAAAGGCCACGUGUCACGCUCUGGGUGGCCAGGAUUAGGGCUAGGCCUGCCUGGCAGAGUGCCUGCGAUGUUGCGUGUUGGUCAAGUAAUAUCAAGCAGGAGGGGUUGAACUGAAUGAACGAUGUCGUGUGUUCGUGCAGUGUGUUAUCGGAUUUGAAUAAAGAGUGUUUGUGUAUUAUAAAAUAAAAUACAUAUGAAUAAGAAAACGAGAAAGAAAUGGUAUUUUUUAGUCA